AAAAUUGGGGAUUGACCGCUCUACCCCUACGUCUGACAAAACGGUGAAGAAGAUAAAAGCAAACAUAAAAUAAGAAAGUCUAGUGUAAUAAUAUUCAACUUUACUCUGGAUUACUCAUCUCAAUCUAGUAAACUCACUUCCCCUCUGCUAGAUCAUGUCGGAGACCGAGGUCAAACACCUCCCUGUCAAUCCCUGCUGCCACCUGUUGCAAGAACAAGUCUCCAGGCUUCAAGGGGAGCUUUUGGAGUCCACAGCCAAGCUCAACGAGUCUAGCAAAGCUCGAAAAGCUCUGAGAAAGGCUAUACGUUUGUUGGAACUGCAGAAUCAGUUGCUCAACAAAGAAAGUGAGGAAGAGAAAAAACGAGCAGAAGACAGAGAGAAGGAGCUCUCUUCUUUGAGGUCCGAGAUACUCGCUUCAAGGCAACUGGUUUGUUUAGGAUCCAAAGGUGCAAAUGAAAAAGUUGAUGAAGAGAGAGGAAAGGUUGAUGCAGAAAAAUGUAGUUCUGAGAAAAUGUGUGCAGACAAAGAAGCAGAAGAUAAACAAAAGGAACUGGCUACUAGACAUGGUUGGGAAGCUGAAGUAUCUGCGCUGAAGUCUCAAAUCGUAUUGCUGCAGCAAGGAAUGGCAGUUCAAAAUGAAACAAACGUACCAAGAUUGUUUCAAGCACAAUUGUCUGAAGAGCAUGCUAAAAUAAAUCAGCUUAAGAAACUUCUUGAGAAAGAGAGACACAGAGCAGAUUCGGAAGCGAAGAAAGCAAAGGAAGCGAUGCGUAAAGCUAGUGAAGCACAGAAGAUGGUAAUGACUCAAAAAAGUAGGGCUGAUGAAGAACGAAGGCUUGCUGCUAUUGAGAGGAAGGAAGCUACAGUUCAGUUGGAGAAGUUAAGGGCUGAGGUUGAGUUCCUGCGAUCAAAUCUGGUUUCAGAGACAUUGAAGUUUGAGGAGACAAACAAAAAACUUGAGACAGAAAAACAGAAGGUUAUAGAAGAAAAGCAACGCGCUGAUAACGAGAUGGCUAAAGCCGAAGAAAAAAGCAGACUUUUAGAAAUGUCUGAGAGGCAUAUUGUGGAAGAAAAAUCUCGUUCUGAUUGCUUAUCUCAAAAAAUAGAAGAGGAUAGACAUAGCCUUAGGAAAUUGCAGGAGGAAAUAGCUAAAUACGCACCCGUUACAAAAAAUGUGAAGGCUCCGUGUGGCGAUUCCGUUGAAAACACAGUUUUUAGAACUGGAAAGUUAAAUAAUUUACCUCAAUUAGAGGUAAUUAGUAAAGAAUCUGGGGUCUCAAAAUUGAUCAGGGAUUGUGUACAAUGUAGAGGGUUGAGUAAAAAACUCAAGGAAGCAAAACAGAAGGCAAGAAGAGAAAAAAAGCUGGCUAAUUCAGAGAUGGCUAAAGCAGAAGAGCUGAGGAAAAUUGUUGAAACAUUUGGUAGGAACGCAAUGGUAAAUAGAAGGCAGGCUGAAGAGUUAGCUCAUGAGCUAGAAGGCAACAGAUGUAAGACAGAUGAACCGAAAAAUGAAUUUAUGUCCUCGGGAAUAUUGAUUAACCCUCGUGUCAAUAACAACACAAAUACGGAUCCAAGAACAGUAAAGCUGCUAAAAAAGGAAUUAAAGAUUUGUAAAAUGCAGGUCAAACAUGCUAAAGAAGUUGCUAGCUUUGAAAAGAGUCGUAACCUGUUACUCCAACAAGAAAUACGGCGCAUCAAGAGGGAAUGUUCUCGGAUCUCCGAUCACUUUGACUCUUUAGACAAGUGUUUCUCAUCCCAGAAUGUGAGUAAAGAUGAUCUUAGAAAGAAGUGCGAUGUUUCUAGAGAGCGAGGUUUGAAUUUGAAAAGGAAAUUUCUGGAGGAAGAACCAUGUCAGAUAACAAGUUCUACACCCUGGGAUGCUUAUGAUGCUCUUAAGCAUCGCAUGGAAUCUACUAGACCUCUACUUGAAUCUGGAAAGGACUGUAACUCUGAAUCUCUGCUUAGAGGUUCUUAGCGGGCAAUGUGAAAGAGUUUUUCUGUGGUGACUUCAUACAUGGCAUACUUUUUGAUUGAACAUUGGUUGGAUCACAGGAAAGAGGCGUUUAGCAGGACAGAAUGUCAACCAACCAUCAGAGAGGUCUUCCAAUUGUAAAUCACAGCAGCGGCAGAUGAUGGAGAAAUGCUUUAAAUAUCCAUUAAUGUGUAUAUAUAGAGUCAGGGUAUGGAGUGGGGUCAAGUUCCAGCAGAGAAGUUUUUAUACUGCAGGAUGUGCUAUAAUGUCAUUUAGUUAAACAAUUAGGAGAAAAGAAACAAUUGCUACCUGAUCUGCAAGAAGAUGGAACUUGAAAAAUAGAAUCAGUUGAUGCGGGGGUCUGUGCUGAGCUAAAGAAGAAGCUUGGACUUGUAGAAGUUGCUCAACAUACCCAUCUGCGAAAAAUGUAAUAGGAAUUGCUCUUACUUGCAAUCAACUGGGGAUGACCGGCAAUGGUGGCUAAGAGUUAAUAAUAUCGUAUAUUGUAUAAGAGAUUAUUGCACUUUGUACCCCUGAACUUUGGGUCAUUAGCAAAUUAGUACCCACACUUUGAAAUGUGGCAGUUCGUGCCCCAAAGUUUGUAUUAGCUUUCAGUUUGUAACACUGGCCCACCACUCUGUUAACAACAACUGUUAACUUUAACUAUUUGAGAGGUAACGGUGUGUAUAUUAGUUUGUAACAGCUACUUUACCCCUUCUGACCUCUCAAAGUUUAUGUUUUAUAUUUUGAAAUUAUUUUUGAUA